AUGGAGACCCUCCAGCAGGUGUUUCAGAAGGUGGAGAAGAUCGGGGAGGGCACCUACGGCGUGGUGUACAAGGCUCGCAACAAGCGGACGGGGCAGCUGGUGGCUCUCAAGAAGAUCCGCUUGGACUCGGAAACAGAGGGUGUCCCCAGCACAGCCAUCAGAGAAAUCUCGCUGCUGAAGGAGCUGAAGCACCCCAACAUAGUCAGGCUCCUAGAUGUCGUGCACAGCCAAAAGAAGCUGUAUCUGGUAUUUGAAUAUCUCAAUCAGGACCUGAAGAAAUACAUAGACUCCUCCCAAACUGGAGAGUUUCCUUUAAGCUUAGUCAAGAACUACCUUUUCCAGCUGCUGCAGGGUGUGAGCUUUUGCCACUCGCACAGAGUCAUCCACAGGGACUUGAAGCCACAGAACUUGCUCAUCAAUGAAGCAGGAGCCAUUAAGCUGGCUGAUUUUGGUUUGGCAAGAGCUUUUGGAGUUCCCUUGCGGACAUACACUCACGAGGUGGUGACUUUGUGGUACCGAGCCCCUGAAAUACUCCUGGGAUGCAAAUACUAUUCGACUGCUGUGGAUAUCUGGAGUAUCGGCUGCAUCUUUGCAGAAAUGGUGACCAGGAAGGCCCUGUUUCCAGGGGACUCCGAGAUCGAUCAGCUCUUCCGGAUCUUUCGCACCCUGGGUACUCCCACUGAGGCGACCUGGCCUGGGGUGACACAGCUGCCUGACUACAAGGGGGACUUUCCUCGGUGGAGAAGGAAAGAGAUGAAGGAAAUCGUUCCCAACUUAGAUCGAGAUGGCAGAGAUUUAUUGGCACAAUUGCUCCUGUAUGACCCCAGCAAGCGCAUCUCAGCCAAGGCAGCCCUCAGUCACCAGUACUUCUUCUGGAAAAGCCCGCAGAGCACCGAAGAGCAACGUGUGAUGCACAGACACUGCAGAUGA